UUUGUUAUUACAAUUCCCGUAUAUUUUUCAUUAAUUUUUAUUGCGAAUCUAGUUCAUGUCGUAUUUAAAUAGUACUACGUGUAUAAUAGCGCGUAUAGUAUUGAACGAAAUUUGAUUCACGAGUGUAAUGCGUCACUCGUCGUAUGAACUUAUUGACUGGUAGAAGUGCUAUUAAUGUGAAAAUGGAAAGAAGUGGUAACGAAAAACAACAGUUUCAGAUUAAAGAAAAUAUGGCGAAGGAAAAUAAGCAUAAGAAAGGAGUAGAAUCUUGCUGCGACUUAUCCGCCAACUUGGAUGUUUAUCAAUCCUUGCCUGAGAUCGAAUUCGAGCGAGGCAUAUGGCAUGCAGCUCAAUAUAAUGAUGAAGACAAAGUAGAAGGAUUUUUAAGAAAAGGAAUUUUAGCAGAUCUCGAAGAUUCAGCUGGAUAUACUGCUCUUCACUAUGCAGCUCGAAAUGGACAUUAUCAGAUUUGUGAAAUGUUGUUAAAAUAUGGAGCUAACGUAAACGCUAAAACGCGUUGCGGCCAAGCAACUGCUCUUCAUAGAGCAGCUACACAAGGACACGAUCAUGUCGUUGAAAUUUUGUUAAAGUAUGGCGCUAAUGCAAAUUUGAAGGACGCUGAUGAAUAUACCGCUCUGCAUAGAGCUAUUAUUGCUGCUCGUGUUUCCAUUUGUCAAAUUUUAAUUCCACGUUCGGAUCUGUCUAUCGUCGAUAAGAAAAAUCGUACUGCAAAACAAUUGGCUAACGAAUAUUGUAACGACGUAUUAUCGCUUUUAUCUUCAUAAUAUUAUCUCAUAUGUUUCAU